CUCGCUCUCUUUCUCUCUCUCUCUCUCUCUCACACACACACACUACACAACUUUUCUCUGUUUAUAAAAGCCGUUCGGUCGCAGAGCCUUCCAGAACCCCCAAACACGUCUCGUCGUCUCUCUCUCUCUCUCUCUCUCUCUCUCCUUCUGUUCGAUCGCUCUCAAGGUUUCUGUGACCUUGCCACUUACUAGACCAAUUUUAAGUUAUAAGUCGGUUUUUUAUUUGUGAACAUGAGUGUUGUCGGUUUUGAUCUUGGCAAUGAGAGCUGCAUUGUGGCCGUUGCAAGGCAGAGAGGAAUUGAUGUUGUGCUCAAUGAUGAGUCUAAGCGUGAGACUCCUGCUAUCGUGUGUUUUGGAGAAAAGCAGCGGUUUAUUGGAACAGCAGGAGCUGCGUCGACCAUGAUGAACCCAAAGAAUUCGAUCUCUCAGAUAAAGCGGUUAAUUGGUCGGAAGUACAAUGAUCCUGAAUUGCAGAGGGAUCUCCAGUCUUUGCCUUAUGCUGUUACUGAAGGCCCUGAUGGGUAUCCUUUGAUUCACGCACGGUAUUUGGGAGAAGCCAAGACAUUUACACCUACCCAAGUUUUGGGAAUGGUAUUGUCAAAUCUGAAAGGAAUAGCCGAGAAGAACUUGAAUGCAGCUGUUGUUGAUUGCUGCAUUGGAAUCCCUGUUUAUUUCAAUGAACUUCAAAGAAGGGCUGUUUUGGAUGCAGCCACAAUUGCGGGUUUGCACCCUCUCCACUUGAUACAUGAAACUACUGCAACGGCCUUGGCUUAUGGUAUUUAUAAGACAGACUUACCUGAAACCGAUCAAUUGAAUGUUGCCUUUGUUGAUAUUGGUCAUGCUAGCAUGCAAGUUUGCAUUGCUGGAUUUAAAAAGGGGCAGCUGAAAAUAUUAGCUCAUUCGUAUGAUCGAUCUUUGGGUGGUAGAGAUUUUGAUGAAGCGCUGUUCCAGCACUUUGCUGCAAAAUUCAAAGAACAGUACAAGAUUGAUGUUUUCCAGAAUGCAAGAGCUUGUCUUAGGCUUCGGGCUGCCUGUGAGAAGCUGAAGAAGAUGCUUAGUGCAAAUCCUGAGGCACCUUUGAAUAUAGAGUGCUUAAUGGAUGAGAAGGAUGUAAGAGGCUUCAUUAAGCGCGACGAAUUUGAAGAGAUCAGCAUUCCUAUCUUAGAGCGUGUGAAGCAACCUUUGGAGAAGGCUCUUGCAGAUGCUGGUCUUACUAUUGAAAAUGUCCACAUGGUUGAGGUGGUUGGUUCGGGCUCUCGUGUUCCUGCAAUAAUUAAGAUAUUGACAGAGUUCUUCAAAAAGGAUCCUAGGCGCACAAUGAAUGCAAGUGAGUGUGUUGCCAGGGGUUGUGCUUUGCAAUGUGCUAUUCUUAGUCCGACAUUUAAAGUACGAGACUUUCAGGUCAAUGAGAGCUUCCCGUUCUCAGUUGCGUUGACAUGGAAAGGUGCUGCCCCUGGUACUCAGAACGGGGCUGCAGACAAUCCGCAGAGUACUGUUGUUUUCCCCAGGGGAAAUCCUAUACCAAGUGUGAAGGCUCUAACGUUCUACAGAUCAGGCACAUUCUCUGUUGAUGUACAAUAUGUUGAUGGGGCUGAACUGCAACAACCCGCAAAGAUCAGUACAUAUACGAUUGGUCCAUUCCAAUCUACUACAAGUGAGCGUGCAAAACUAAAGGUUAAAGUCCGCUUGAAUCUGCAUGGAAUUGUAUCUGUUGAGUCAGCAACUCUAUUGGAGGAAGAAGAAAUUGAAGUUCCUGUCUCAAAAGAGCCAGCAAAAGAAGAUGUUAAGAUGGAUGCUGAUGAAGCUCCAAAUAAUGCUGCUCCCCAAGGUUCCAAUGAGACUGAUGUAAAUAUGCAAGAUGCUAAGGGUACUGCUGAUGCUCCUGGGGUUGAAAAUGGUGUCCCCGAGUCAGGAGACAAGCCUGUACAGAUGGAAGCUGACACUAAGGUUGAGGCUCCAAAGAAGAAGGUAAAGAAAACCAACAUCCCUGUAGCAGAGUUGGUGUAUGGAGGAAUGUUUCCAGCAGAUGUGCAAAAGGCAGUGGAGAAGGAAUUUGAAAUGGCUUUGCAAGAUAGAGUAAUGGAAGAAACAAAAGACAGGAAGAAUGCUGUUGAGGCCUAUGUCUAUGACAUGAGAAACAAGCUUAGUGACAAAUAUCAGGAAUUUGUCACUGAUUCGGAGAGGGAAGGGUUUACUACUAUACUCCAGGAGGUAGAAGAUUGGUUGUACGAAGAUGGUGAGGAUGAAACCAAAGGCGUUUACAUUGCCAAGCUGGAGGAGCUCAAAAAGCAAGGUGAUCCCAUUGAGGAGCGUUACAAAGAGAGUGUUAACAGGGGAGCUGUAAUUGAUCAGCUUGUUCGUUGCGUUAAUAGCUACAGAGAAGCAGCAGUUUCAAAUGAUCCUAGAUUUGAUCACAUUGAAAUAUCUGAAAAAGAGAAGGUCCUAAAUGAAUGUGUAGAGGCAGAAGCUUGGUUGAGAGACAAAAAGCUCCAACAGGAUUCACUUCCUAAGUAUGUGAAUCCAAUUCUCUCAUCUGCUGAUGUGCUAAAGAAGACUGAAACACUGGACAGGUUUUGUAAACCAAUAAUGACGAAACCAAGGCCAGCACCAGCCAAGCCAGCUACUCCUGAGGCUCCACCAACCCCACCUCCUCAGGCCAGUGAGGAGCAGCAACCUCAAGGAGGUGAUGCUAAUGCCAGCACCACUGAGGGGGCAGCAGAUGGCAGUGCUGAGACACCGGCUUCUGCAGAACCAAUGGAUACAGAGACUUCUACAACUCCUGCAUAGUCCAUUCAAGUGGUUCUUGCCUCUUAAUGUUUUGUUUUUCAAGAAAGAAUUUGGUUCUUAUGUAUAAGUACUUUUCUGAUUCUGAGUCUAGGGAAAAACUGGGAGGUGGACCUAUCAUGAAAGCUUCUGGAAUUGUGUCCACCUCUUUCGGGUCUGUGAAGCCUUUUCUGUUGUGGGUGGUCCGCCAAAUUUUAUAGUUAAUUAGGAUGGAUCUCCAGUAUCCGGUUUUUAUAUAUUUUUGGAGGGUUUCCAAGAGAUACUGUUGGUAGUCUUCCUGACAGUUGUAGGGGAAGAAAAACAGAAAUACAUUUUGAUAGGGUCCUAAGUGUCAUUGUUUUUAUGUUGGUAUGCUCUGCAUAAUUAAUUUCUGGAAUCUGUUCUUUCAAA